AUGACCAGCUCUCAAACGCAGGAUGGGAGCCCAUUCGACGACAAUCAUCGUUACGUGUCGACGUCUUUGAAUUACUACCCCGUCGAUGCCGGGCCUCCGAUACCUGUCAUAAUAGGCGAAAAGAGCGUCAACAACAAACGGCCCUCUGUGUCAAUCGAUGUUGUUGUACAAGACGUCACUGGCCAUGAAGACGAGUAUAAACUUGACAAGCACGGAUUCCAAUUUGUCCACCACAUCAGCCAGGAGAAAGAUUUCGAUGAUGAGGGAAAGAUCACGGGCGUGUAUUACCCUGAAGUGGAAUCGCUCCUAAAAGAGGUAACAGGUGCCUCACGUGUCGUCGUGUUCAAUCAUAGAGGGCGUCGAGGUCCCUCGGAUUGGGACAAAGCAGGACUAGACAAUCGCUUAAAUGCGGGACCGCUCUUCAAAGUCCACAUAGACCAGUCAUACGAUGGCGCGGAGCUGCAGCUGCGAAACAUCCUUCCCGAUGAAGCGGACGAGCUUGUGAAGCGGAGGUACCAGAUCAUCAAUGUGUGGCGACCUAUCGAGACUGUGUUACGAGAUCCUCUUGCGAUCGCAGACGCCAGUACCGUCUCGGAUACCGACCUUCUUCCAGCAAGUGUAGUAAAGCCUGAUUCGAGGUCGGAGACAUGGGCUGUGAAGCCGAACCCGGCUCAUCGAUGGUUCUUCAAACAUAAACAUGGGCCGGAUGAGGUUGUCCUCAUCAAGUGCUUCGACUCGGAUGAAUCUGUGGCAAGGCGUUCGCCCCAUUCCGCCUUCAAAAUACAGGAGCAGGACGACGGCCCUAGCAGGAAGAGCAUCGAAGUUCGAGCGCUGGUCUUCUAUGGCUGA